UAAGUACAAUUCUGAGAUACCCCGGAGAAAUACAGAACUCUGCUGAGAGAUCAAGAGUGUGUCGUGUCGAGCUAGAGGCAUUUUAUAAUCUGAUGGGUAAUCACAGGUUCAAAUUGUCAGAUAUGAUACCAAAUGCUUGGUUUUACAAGCUCAAAGACAUGAGCAGAUCAAGGAAGCAGAAAGGUUCUCAUUCUGUGAAGAACAAAGCAAGCUCACCAGCAAUGUCCCAGAGGUCGCCGCCAGCUUGUUUGCACUAUUUCCCCACUGAACCUUACAGAGCUGGUAUGCUUUUUAAUUCACCAAUUCACACUAAAGUCGCAGACUUUCCGUUCACUGAUUCACCAAGAAGGUCAUCCAAGAGAAGAGUUCAGAGGAAAACUAUCUACAAACCUUCUCCCUCCGUUGUGUCCUCUGUCUCAACCACUUGCAGCUGCCAUUGGACUCGGCCUAAUCAAGCCGAAUCUCCGGAUUUAUAUGCCUCUUCCAUUAAGAGUUCUUCCUCUGAAUUAGAUCUCUAUGAAUGUCUUACAUCCGAGUCUGAAGAGUGUGAUAGCCCAGCAGCUCCUCACAUGUUCAAUGGGUUAUCCCCUGACUGCAGUUGCAGGGUUAGUUCUUCCACUAAUGAUAUCAUCAUAGACAUGAACAACGAAUCAUUUGGUGUGAAUCCUGAAAAGCUAGAUGGGUUUGAUGCAAUUUCAAAGUUAGGCCUUCCUCCUAUAUUGACAAAACCAGUGAGGUUUGAUGAUCAGGUCAUUGAAGAACCUCACUUGCCAUGUUCAUGUAAAGUGGAGGAAAGCAGUAGAACAACAGCUCCAAAGUCCUCUGCUAAUUCAAGAGGCAUAAGACUUAGAGUCAAUUCUCCAAAACUUGCAAGCAGGAAAGUUCAGGCCUGUGUAAGAAAGAGUGUAUCCUCAUCCAGUGCAUGCAAGGUUUCAAGGAACACAGGGUUUCCUGAAGGUUUUGCAGUUGUCAAGUCCUCAAUUGAUCCACAAAGAGAUUUCAAGGAAUCAAUGAUGGAGAUGAUCACGGAGAACAAUAUCUGGUCAUCAGAGGAUUUGGAGGAUCUGCUAGCUUGCUAUCUCUCACUGAACUCCAGAGAAUACCAUGAACUCAUAAUCAAAGCAUUUGAGCAAGUCUGGUUUGACUUGGCUCAACUCAGAAUGUAAACUUUAUCCAGUGCUUGAGUAAAGCUUCGUUUGGAUCAUUCCACCACUUUGGAUCCACUUCUGUGUUGUAUUUUUAUGGUUUCCUGGGAUUUAAAGAAAAAAAAAAACUCCAUUUUGACAACCUCAAAUAUGGCGUGGGAACACAGAGUCUCGUGUCAAUGACAAAUUACUUGAGCAGAAAUUCUUAAAGCAGUAUAAGAAGUAGGGGCAACAUUGUAGAAAUGAUCUGACAUUCGGCAGUUGCAAUAAUUGUGCCUUUAUAUGCAUUUUACAAAUGCAAUCCAAAAUGCACUCACAAGCUUUGUCAUUAUACACAUUAUCAGCGAUUUGAGAGAGAGAGAGGAGAAAAAAUAGCAGAGGUGAGAACACGUAAGAUAUUGCCUUGCCCGAGUAUCUGUAUACGAAUCACAAGUGUUCAUAGAGAAAAGGAACCAAAUUCAGCAAGCAUUGAUGAUCACAUGAUCAUCGCGAACAGGCUGGUAGAAAUAAUCAAAUGAAAGGGAGGACCACAAGAUCAUCACGAACUAGUCAUUUCGUUAUUCUGGAAACCUUCCAUUAUUGCACAGUUGGUCAGUCCCUACGCACAGAAAUAUUUAUAAGUUCUUCCGUUCUUUUCCUUUCCUUUUUUUUUUUU